ACAGAAUUUCGAAUCUGUUGAUAUUCCCACUACUUCUCAUUCAAUCUUUCUGAAUUCCUAUAAGGCAUAUUAAGAUCUAUAUAAAUGCCUCGACUAUGCCAAUGAUCUCUGUUGGACAGACAAAGGUGAAAUCAAAUGGAUAAAAAACAACAAUUUAUAUUUGCCUUAAAAUCUUUCAGAAAAACCUAGCACAUAUGAAUUCAAUUAACUUUUUGAUUACUACCUUGUGAUAGGCUUCUCCACUAAAAUUUGGAGAGGUUUUCUAAUUUUAUUGGAUUAUUCUUUUACAUAUUAACUCAAUCGUAAUUAAAUUAAAUUGUCGUCACCCUGUAUAUAGGGAGAUAAUAUUUUUGUGCAAACAUAUAAAUAAGAUAUGAGUUAAAAGCUGAAAAUUAGAAAACCCGCUCCAGAUUUCACAGCCCAAGCUUACUUGAAUGGAUCAUUCAAGAAGGUGUCACUUUCCGAUUUCAAAGGCAAAUACUUGGUCUUAUUCUUUUAUCCAUUGGACUUCACUUUUGUUUGCCCAACUGAGAUCAUCGCUUUUUCUGACAGAGCUGAAGAAUUCAGAAAGAUUGGAUGCGAGGUUGCUGCUGUUUCAGUCGAUUCACGUUUCUCUCACAUGAAGUAUUGCCAAACCCCAAGAAAUCAAGGAGGAUUGGGCGAUAUGCAAAUUCCUUUGAUUGCUGACAUCGCAAAGACUAUUUCUGCUGAUUAUGGAGUUCUGAUCGAUGAUCCUUAAGAUGGAGAUUUCGGAGUGGCCUUCAGAGGUACAUUCAUAGUUGACAAGAAUGGUGUUCUCAGACAUUAUUCAGUCAAUGAUUUGCCAGUCGGAAGAAAUGUCGAUGAAACAUUGAGAUUGGUAUAAGCCUUUUAAUUCACUGACGAACACGGUGAGGUAUGCCCAGCCUCAUGGAAACCAGGAAAACCAACUAUGGUUCCUGAUCACGGAAGCCAAAAGCUCUAACAAUAUUGGACUGAAGAACACGCAAAGAAAGAAUGAUUGAGUCAUUUAUUAAAUCAGAAUUUAUAAAAUUGUUCUUCUAUUAAAAUUA